CGGCUCCCGGCUGCGGCUCCCGGCGCGUGGUGGCGGGCUCGGGGCGUGCGUCGCGGAGAGGACGGGGCCGGCGGGCGGUUGGCGCUCCGUUCGGUGCGGGGAGGGGCGUCACGCCGGGCGCUGCGCGGCCUCGGCGGGCGGCGGCAGCGGCGGCCACGGCCGCCGGGCUCUCGGGUUGUCUGUCCCCAGUUGGAGCCGGCCGGUGUCCCGGCGGAGAGACGGGCAGUCGGGUUCCCUGGCCUCGGGGCCACCCCGGCUGGGGCGGCUGGGGCAGAGGGACGAUGUCUACUCGCGCCCCGAUGCCCGCCGCCCAUUCUCGGGAGGAUCCGCCCGCGGUGACUGCUGAGAGGGAGUCGCUGUUGGCCGCGGCGAACCGGCCGGCCGAGCAGCCGCCCCCGCCCGAAUGUGAGGGCAAAGAGGCGGCGAGGGAGGAGAGGGCCGCGGCCGCCACUAGCGCUGGGGCGCGGGGAGAGCCGUCGCCGGCGCUGGUGCUGGGACGCAGCGUGCCCCAGGCGGCUGUCCCCGUGAGGCCCCUGGCGCUGCACCUGGCGCACAAGGCGCGUGGGCCCGGGGGCCCUUUCGGCGGGGAGCCGCCACCGCCGCCGCCGUCGCCGUUGCCGCCGUUGCUGCGGGAUCCGCCGGCCGAGGACGCCCGGGAAGAGGUGGCAGCUGGCCCUGCGGAAAAGCGGCAGCCGCCGCUGCUGCCGCCUAAGGGAAAUCCCUGGACCAAAAAGCCUCCCCAGCACCUGUCCCCAGGCACGACAGGUCCGCCACCGCCCCCGCUGGAAACCCUGGAGGCAGAAUUCGGUUCCCUCAAAAUUAUAAAAGCAGGAAAGCUCAAGACAAAGAAAUCCAACAAGGCUAGUGAUUUCAGUGAUAUGGAGAAUUGGCCAACACCAAGUGAAUUAGUGAACACUGGAUUUCAGAGCGUCCUCAGCCAAGGAAAUAAAAAGCCACAAAAUAGAAAAGAAAAAGAAGAGAAGGUUGAAAAGAGAAGUAACAGUGACAGCAAAGAAAACCGGGAAACAAAAUUAAAUGGUCCUGGUGAAAACGUCAGUGAGGAUGAGGCUCAGUCAAGUAGUCAACGUAAGAGAGCUAAUAAGCACAAGUGGGUACCACUCCACUUAGAUGUUGUAAGAUCAGAGAGUCAAGAAAGACCUGGAUCCCGGAACAGCUCAAGAUGUCAACCUGAAGCAAAUAAACCAACACAUAACAAUAGGAGAAAUGAUACACGAAGUUGGAAGCGAGAUAGAGAAAAAAGAGAUGAUCAAGAUGACGUUUCCAGUGUGAGAAGUGAGGGUGGUAAUAUCCGAGGUUCCUUUAGAGGUCGAGGAAGAGGCCGAGGACGGGGAAGAGGACGAGGCAGAGGAAAUCCUCGAUUGAACUUUGAUUAUUCAUAUGGUUAUCAAGAACAUGGUGAAAGGACUGAUCAACCAUUUCAAACAGAACUUAAUACCAGUAUGAUGUAUUACUAUGAUGAUGGUACAGGUGUACAGGUGUAUCCUGUGGAAGAAGCGUUGCUUAAAGAGUAUAUUAAGCGUCAAAUUGAAUAUUACUUCAGUGUAGAAAAUUUGGAACGAGACUUCUUUCUUCGGGGAAAGAUGGAUGAACAAGGUUUCUUGCCCAUUUCCCUGAUUGCUGGUUUUCAGCGUGUUCAGGCUCUCACUACAAACCUUAAUCUCAUCUUAGAGGCACUGAAGGAUAGCACAGAAGUAGAAAUUGUGAAUGAGAAAAUGAGAAAAAAGAUAGAACCAGAAAAAUGGCCAAUUCCAGGCCCUCCUCCACGCAGUGUGCCACCAACAGACUUCUCUCAACUGAUUGAUUGUCCAGAGUUUGUACCAGGCCAAGCCUUUUGCUCACAUACAGAGUCUGCCCCAAAUUCUCCAAGAAUUGGAAGCCCAUUGAGCCCAAAGAAAAACAGUGAAACAAGUAUUCUUCAAGCAAUGUCUAGAGGUUUGUCUACCAGUUUGCCUGACUUGGACUCAGAACCUUGGAUAGAAGUUAAAAAAAGACAUCAGCCAGCCCCAGUGAAAUUGAGGGAAUCAGUGUCUGUCCCUGAAGGGUCAUUAAAUCAGCUAUGUUCUUCAGAAGAACCAGAACAAGAAGAACUUGAUUUUUUGUUUGAUGAAGAGAUUGAACAAAUAGGACGAAAAAACACAUUUACUGAUUGGUCUGAUAAUGAUUCAGAUUAUGAAAUUGAUGACCAAGACUUAAACAAGAUUUUGAUUGUAACUCAGACACCACCUUAUGUGAAAAAACAUCCUGGAGGAGAUCGAACAGGCACCCACAUGUCUCGGGCAAAAAUCACAUCUGAACUUGCUAAAGUUAUCAAUGAUGGCUUAUAUUAUUAUGAACAGGAUCUAUGGAUGGAAGAAGAUGAAAACAAACACACAGCCAUAAAGCAAGAAGUUGAGAACUUUAAGAAGCUAAAUCUCAUUAGUAAAGAGCAGUUUGAAAACCUAACACCUGAACUUCCUUUUGAGCCAAACCAAGAAGUUCCUGUAGCACCUUCACAGUCCAGGCAAGGAGGUGUUCAAGGAGUGCUUCACAUUCCCAAGAAAGGUAACAUCUGUGAUUUGACUGAUGAAUUAGCUCAGAAGUUAUUUGAUGUUUCAGAAAUAACUUCAGCAGCAAUGGUUCAUUCGUUGCCUACAGCAGUUCCAGAGUCUCCUAGAAUUCAUCCUACAAGAACACCCAAAACACCUCGAACACCUAGGUUACAAGAUCCUAACAAAACACCAAGAUUUUAUCCUGUUGUUAAAGAACCAAAAGCCAUUGAUGUAAAGAGUCCAAGAAAGAGAAAAACAAGGCAUAGCACAAAUCCCCCUCUAGAGUGUCAUGUUGGUUGGGUAAUGGAUUCCAGAGACCAUGGGCCAAGAACAUCCUCUGUCAGCACUUCAAAUGCUUCACCUUCAGAAGGCGCACCACUAGCAGGAAGUUAUGGAUGUACUCCUCAUUCAUUCCCAAAGUUCCAGCAUCCUUCUCAUGAACUUUUGAAGGAAAAUGGCUUUACCCAACAAGUGUACCACAGGUAUCGUCGAAGAUGCCUAAGUGAGAGAAAACGCUUGGGAAUUGGUCAGUCCCAAGAAAUGAAUACCCUCUUUCGUUUCUGGUCCUUUUUCCUCAGAGAUCACUUCAAUAAAAAAAUGUAUGAGGAAUUUAGACAACUUGCUUGGGAAGAUGCAAAAGAAAAUUACAGGUAUGGGUUAGAAUGUCUGUUCAGGUUUUAUAGUUAUGGACUGGAAAAAAAAUUCAGGCGAGAAAUUUUUCAGGAUUUCCAAGAAGAAACCAAAAAAGACUACGAAUCUGGUCAGCUGUAUGGACUAGAAAAGUUUUGGGCUUAUUUGAAAUAUUCUCAAUCUAAGACACAGUCUAUUGACCCAAAACUUCAGGAAUACCUCUGUAGUUUUAAGAGGUUAGAAGACUUCCGUGUUGAUCCCCCUAUUAGUGAUGAAUUUGGAAGAAAAAGACAUUCCUCUACUUCUGGUGAGGAGAGUUAUCGUCAUAGACUUCCACCUAAUUCCUCUACAAAGCCACCAAAUGCUGCUAAACCUACAUCUACCAGUGAGCUUCAGGUACCAAUAAACUCUCCCAGAAGGAAUACUUCACCGGAGUCCAGUGACAAUUCACAUUAAACAGUGCUGCCUGUGUCCUGUGGUCUCAAGAAAUGGUGAAAUGCCUGAGAAAUAGACUCUUAUGAAAGUUCUUUGUCCUUGAAGUCAACAUUUACAUCAGUAUUUAUUUGGGGAAAAUCUUCUGGUGUUUAAUUGUGAUAAUAAGAAAGAAGAAAAAGAAAGAAAAGUGGUAGCAUUUUUUCUAACAAGAAAAAUUCUAAAAAUGUUUUCCCUGAUUUCACAAACAAGGAUAAUCUUGGUGACCUUUUAUAGAGAUCUUCUAGUAAUGUAUUUUGAUCUCAGAUUUCUUUUUCAAAGCCAUAGUUUUACAAAAACAGCAUUCCUUAAAUACAUUUAAAAAACAAUACAAGGAAUGCCUAACAUUUCAGCUCAUACUUCUUAAAGAAGAUAUAGUAUGUUGUAUUCUCUUCUAGAGCUUUCUUAAAGAAUCCACAAUCCAAUUACCCCACUGUCAAUUCAUAUUUGAACUUACCAAAACAAAGGAGGAUUACGUAUAUGUUUUUUAAAUUCAAAAACGAAUAUGAAAUUAUACAUUUAGUAUCCCUUUGAGACAUAUAGUUUAAAGAAAACUUUUUUUAAAACAAAAGUAGGAAUAUAUAGUAAGAUUGUAGUUACAAUGAGUAUAUGCAGUUUUGAUGCUAGGUUUUGCUUUUCUCCCCCCAGUCAUAUCUCAUGAUUUCCACAGUUGUUGUAUUGGUGUGGAGUUUUCUGAAUUGGCUAUAAGCUGAUUACAUAUUAGAGUUUUAUUUUUAUGAUUCUAUAUAAACGUGCACGAGUAAUUUAAAACCUGCAUUGGGAUUGAUUGGAAUAUUGUCCUAAAUUAAUUAAAUCUUGCACUGUUUUGAAUGCAUCUGCUAUUUAUACAUCUGCAAGUGGGUAUGUUAUAAGGAGUCAGAUUAUCUUUAAUUUAAAAUGAAUACUUAGUUUUACCUUUUUGUUUAUUUUUUGUUUAAUUUUGUUUUUAUAAAUGUUUUCAAGAGUUAUAGCAAAUUGAUUUCUAAUUUUUAUUGCUAUUACAACUGAUGUAAAUGGUAGUUUCAGUUUUUGUGAGAUUUAAAAAAAUAAAGCACUUAUUCUGAA